AGCUAGGGUUAGGAUGUGUCGUUCGGUCUCCCAGUGACUUCUGUUCCCUGCGUGUUCCAGUCGAUGCCUGAGGAAAUAUCAGAAAUGGCAUUCGUGACUGAUUUCAUACUCUAUGAAGACUCAGUAGCUGAGAUUGUUUUGAAGGAGUGAUACUAUAUUUACUUAAAACUUGGAGCAUUAAUUAAAAGAAAGGAACACACGUGUACAGGAACGGAUCAACGGACGGAAGUUUUCGCUAGUGUUGGCACAGGCGAUGGGUAGCAAGGAGUGGGAAGUGCAGCUGCAGCGGAGGCUUGCGUACCUGCCAGGGUCGUCGGACGGGGGCGGUGGGCCCAUACUUGUGGUGCCCCUGCCUCCCGACCCCAACCAACAGGACGUGGGGGGCAUCUCUGACACACUCAAGUACCUCAAGACCAUCCCCAGCAAGACGAGCGUGGACCGUGGCUGGGUGGUGGUGGUGGACGCCCGGCAGUGCCACUACCGGCAGGUGAAGCACGCGACGAGCACCAUAAGGGCGGCGCUGGGUAACAUCAGGCUGCUGCUGGUGCUGCGCCCCGACGCCUUCUGGGACAAACAGCGCGUCGACUGCCGCAAGGCUGAACUUGAUAACCAGCCCGUCUACACGACCACUGGCAAGAUCGCUCGCUACAUCGAACCUUCGCGCCUGCCUGUGGAGCUUGGCGGUACACUGCAAUACUGCCACGCCACGUGGGUCAGCAAGCGCAAGGCGUACGAGCAGUUCGUAGAAGAGUGUGAGGAGAGUCACCGGCAGCUGGAGGAGCUGCAGAAGAGGCUGCGCAGUGAAGAGUCCUGCACGACGGCGGCUGCCCUGCAGCGGCUGCUGGGGGCCUGCCAGCAGACCUACGCUGCUGUAUCCUGCAGGCCUGGCAGCGUCCUCAAGAAGGGGGAGGCGGUGCUGCGGUUGCUGGAGGAGGAAGACGACGCGGGGUUCCGCCCCGACGGUGGCGGUGGCGGUGGCGGUGCCAUGUGGCGUGAGGCGGCGCGGCGUGUGGCUGCCAUGCUGCGCGCCCAGCAGCUCCUCGCCGCCGCCGUAGACGCCACGUGGCGGCGGCUCAGCGCCGCGCUCAGCAUGCAUGCCGAGGUGCGCGCCGUGGAGGGCGAGAUGAGCGACGUGGGCGCGUGGCUGGAGGCGGCGGCGCGCACGCUGCUCAGCGAGUCGCGCAUAGGCGCAUCCUGCGCGCAGGCCGACCAGCUGCUGCGCGAGCACGAGGCCAUCGAGCUCAAGUGUCGGGAGACGUAUGGACGGUGGGCGGCGCUGAGGUAUCGGGUCGAGGACUGCCUGGCAAGAGGGGACGUGGAGCUGCGGGGACUGUCAGACCACGCCACGUCCACCGCAGACCUCAAGGCGCUCAAGGACUACACCGACACUCUCGUCAGAUCGUUUGCGUCACGGCUGGACCGGCGGCGCACGUUGAUCCUGGCGUCUGUACGCCUGCACCGCAUGACGCAGUACAUCAGCGAGCGCUGCGCCGCCCUCACGCGGCCUGACCGCUGGACGCCUACAGACAAACACGUGGGCGCCGUCCGUGCCGCCCUCAGGGAGAUCACCAGCCGGCGGGAGGCCUUGGACUACCUGAUGCAGGAGGCGAGUCGGUGCGGCGAGAAGCUGCUGGACCUGCUGACGCUGGCCGUGAAGGACCUGAGUGGUCGUGACGUCACGCCCGUACACACGGCCGAACUGAGCCACGUCCACGGCCUCCUCACGACCUCAACACGGCUGUACACGGCAGCCUGUGCGCACGCUGACGUCUGCAAGCUCAGGCUGCAGCAGCACGCACAGCUCCUGACCUGUCGGCAGGACCUAAAGCAGGCGCACGCAUGGCUCGAGGAGCUGUUGCGCGCGCUGGUCAAGUCGCACUCUGUGGUCGGCAGAUCAGCUGACGAGAUCCGGCAACUCAAGGCAGAUCACCAGGUCUUCCAGGACACAGCAGCGGGCACGUUCGAGUACGGGUACGAGUGCGCCAGAGCUGCCCUGCUGGUGGAGAAGGCGGGCCGGGCAGCUCUGCAGGACGGACCUGUAGGCCCCCAGAGUGCCCGGAGUGCCUCGGAGGGCGCACAGGAAGGCCCCCAGCAGGAGGGUGGUGCCGUGGGGGCUCUGGAGGGCGUCUGGAAGCUCUUCGUGCAAGGUUCUCAGGAGCAACUUACCAGACUCAGAGUUGCUGGAGUCUUCUACAGAACAAUGGAGCAGCAUCUCAGUCGCCUGGAGAGUUUGUGCAAGAGCGUGGAGGACGCGAGGGCUCGUGGGGCACUAGGGGCCCCCGACGUGGCCCCCUCACUCAUGGCCCAGAGGGACAGACUCCUCAGGGAGAUCGGGCGCAACGUGAGACUCGGCAAACUCCUUAAGGAGAGACUUAUGGAGCCCCUAGUGCCUUCUUAUAGUCGCGGGUGGCACGGCAACCAGCUCGCCCAGGACGCAAUCUCUGACCGCAUCACCCACAUCGCUGCCCGUGCCCGCCGCCUCGACGCCCUCCUCCUCCCCAAACCUUCAUCCCCCACAUCCCCAUCGUCUCCCCCUCACGACUCAGGCAUGGAACCCUCACCUCCCUCAUCCCUAAGCCCUGAGCCUCCCCUCGUGUCUCCCCCAGCCCUCCCCCGCACUGCUGUGUCCCCCCACUCCACUCAGACCGCCGGGGGGGAUGACCACGAGGUGAGUUCUGCGUUCUGAGGCUGUGCUCUGUACAGUUCUGUACUGUGCUCUGUACAGUUUUGUACUGUGUAGUGUGCUGUGUGCAGUUCUUUACUCUUUGUACUGUGAAAUAUCUGUAUAAGGCUGAACUUGACUUCACAAUGCAUUGCUGUGCAGUGCAGUUCCAUGCUGUACAGUGCAGUUUUCAUACUGUAUACAGUGUUGUGCUUUACAUGUACAAUAUUGUGUUGUGCCGUUUUGUUCUGUUUUGUGCUAUUGUGUGCUGUAAUACAGUGCAUUUUGUUUAAUAGUGUUGUACAGAACUGCUGCUUGUUCAUAUUUCACAAGCAUUUAUACCAUUAGUUUGCUCUGAUUGCAAACUAACCAAGAAUUUGAGAGUAAAGAAAAUAUCAAAAUUCAUACAAUUUUCAUUCAGCAUCUCAAUGGAAAUUUGAUGAAUUUACUUGUCAUUUCCUUUACUUUGAAAUUCUUGUUCAUUGUUACCGUGCUUCUGUACAUCAUCGAUGCAGAUGUACAAUGCUCUGCCCAGCAGUCAUGCUAUAGCAACACUUUACUUUCACUCAGUAUUGCACUCUAUAGUUCACAUCUAUCAAGUACUCCUUUGCUCUACUUUGCAAUACUUUGAACUUAUUUGUAAUACUUUGCACUGCUUUGCAAUAAUUUGAAUAACUUUGCACUGUUUUGCAAUAAUUUGCAAUACUUUGCACUGCUUUGAAAUACUUUGUAUUGUUUAGUUUGUGCUGUAUGUGUUCCUACGUCUUGAGCUCCUUUGCACAUUUUUCGGAAACGAAUUUACCCGUUGCUAAAUUGCGAAAAAUGUACGGACCUUUGUUUUUUUUUUCGUAGAAAUAGAACCCGCUUUAAAAACAUAAUCUUUUGUUUCUAAUGUUGAUCCUGGACAUUUUGAUUGUAAGUAGGUACCGUACUCACUUGAACUCCCUUACAAUGUUAUUUGCAGUCAGGAUUGUUCGAAAUUUAUUAAUACUUUUGCUGUUGCAAAGAGCUUUAGUUGUUGAUCGGAUGAGAACAUUAAAUGUUACGUUAGGCUCGGAAGUUGAACUUCAUUUCAAUCAUAUGAUUAGUAGUCCUUAUCGACACGAAUUUUAAUGUCCAUUAGACCUUUAUGAACCGUUGAUCUUGAUGUUACGAAGUGCCAUACGUUAUAAAAGUCGCGCGUUCCUUGCAUGCGGGACUUGCCAUAUCGUUCGUAAUGCAGAUGAUAUGCACGAGUUGGGUAUAUUUUCUGCGUGUAUUGCUUCCAUUUCGAUUAGUUUUUGAAUUUAUUUGAUUGGCUUCAUCUUUCGAGACGAAACUGGGGUUAUUUGCGUAUUAUGAUCGGUUAAAUUUGAGGUAAAAGAGCAUAGAAAUUUUGAGAUAGGCUCUUGCAAAGGACCGCCGCGGUAGCUGUUGACGACGGGUAGUUGACGACUCACUCCUGCCGAGACAGUUGUGGUUAUGGGCGGAGUGUAAAGUUGCUUGUUGUUAUCGUUAUGUUCUUUUGUAAGACUGUUAUUCGUGGGGUAAGAUUGUAAUGUUUAGAUGUCUCGUUAUGUUCUUUUGUAAGAUUGUUAUUCGUGGGGUAAGAUUGUAAUGUUUAGAUGUCUCGUUAUGUUCUUUUGUAAGAUUGCUAUUCGUGGGGUAAGAUUGUAAUGUUUAGAUGUCUCGUUAUGUUCUUUUGUAAGAUUGCUAUUCGUGGUGUAAGAUUGUUAUGUUCAGAUGGAGAAUAUAGGAUUGCAGAGAAACAUUUUGGU